AACGUAUUGCAGCGCACGUAGAAUAAAGGGACAGAAUCCCAAAGCGUUCCAUCGUGUACCAUCUCUCAUCGGCAUCGAGAGAGCCAACGUCACUGAGGCCGGCAAUCCUACGACGCAAAUGACGUCAAUCAUCAAAAUGCCGACGGUGAAUAGCACGAGAGGUGCCGCUUCGGAGCCAGCCAGCAAAGACGCCACCGAAGAAACAGACGGGUUUACUGCUGCCCUCUAUCAUCUGCCAUCGGUGAAAGGUCUCGCGCCGUGCGACGAGCUGGUCAGCCUGCAGCGCAGACCGCCGCCGCAGCAGCAACUGCAGCAGCGUCUGCCUUCUAUCGUCAUCGAGGCGGCACCGGAUGCCGAGCCGUCCACGCGGCAGCACUUCCGCCGCGAAACACUGUUCGCCGGCGGCCAUGCGCAUCCGGCUGAGCGGCGGCUUAGCAGGAGCGAAUCGCGCCAAUCGGCAGCAGACGAGUUCGGGCUCGUCGUUGGCACGCAGCAGCGUCGGCCGUCGCGCGGUGCGCCCGAGCAGGAGCACAGAACGUCCCGCACGGCCGAGAGAAAGCCGUCGACAAGCAGCCUGCACGUCGGCGGAGCUGGCUCGUCCGAUAGGCGCGUCUCGCGCGCGGAAGAGAGAAAGUUCUCCACCUUCACCGGUCUGGCGCCCUCGCGGCGAGCGUCGGUGUUCUACGGCCGCAAGCCGAGCGUAUUCGGUAGCAGUCAUCGCUACGGCGUCGCCACAGCGUCCGCUAACCCGCCGCAACAACAGUCGCUCUACGAGAACACCUACCGACUGUGUCCGAGUGGCGACGAGGAGUUUAAUGUUGCUCGCAUGGAGAGGUUAUCGAUGGAGGUACUGCGCUGUUAUCUGGAGGGGCGGGAGUACGAGCCGAGAGCCAGCGCACAACUCGCGAUGGCAGUUUCUGAUGAAGCCAAGAGACGCGUGAAGCAACUUGUCUAUAGCCGAUACAAGAUCAUUUGCUGGGUCAACAUUGGGCAGAACAGAGACGAGGAUGUACGCGUUCUCACACGGCAUGACUGCAGCCGAGACACGCAACCCAACGAGGAUCUGACUCAUGAUCAUGGGUCUGUUAUAUUGUGCACGUUCAACACCAUCUAAAGAUGGCGACCGUCAUUUGUAUUGCACUUCCACAAUUAUGUCGAUACAUGUAUCACGAGAUAUUUUCUCGCUAAAUCAGAAUAUUUUAGUCAUUAAAAUGUUGUAACGAUAUUGUGUUUUUUCUUACGCCCUAAACGAACCAACGUAUACAAGCCGUUUAAAAGAAUAUUUGGUUUCGUAGUUCUAUCAGAAAGAUUUUAACACGUACAUACAUACCGUACCGCGUAUACAGUAAUCGCGUUUCAAUUUGUGUCUAGCUAUAGGAUAUAUUGACCAUAUAAUUGUGCCAAAACGUAAAAGCCGCUUUGCUGCUAACAGUUUAAAUGGCGUUUAGUUAUAUAUUAGAGGUCGCCAUAACAAUAAUAUAAUUAAUAAUAUAGUAAUUAUAAUAUAAAAAUAUAUCGUUUCAUUAAAUUCAAGGUGCGCGUAGUUUUGAUUAGAAAUGUUGCUACUAUCAGAGUCCAUAUAAAAUUAUAUACUACUAAUUAUAUCUUACUUAAAUAUAUUAUAUACGGUAUUUGCUACUAUUGCCAAAGAUGUUCUUUCUAGCAAUGACAUUAGUCAAGUAAAACCAGUCAAAUAUGAAACAUGUAAAUGAUUUCAUAGUACCGUUAGAAAAUAUAUACACAGAUAUGUUUAUUAAUCUCAGUUAUAAUAAUAUUACAUGGCUCAAAUUAAACAGCACUAUUAUUAAUCGUUGCAUGUUUAUAUGUCAUUAUGUUCGUUUUUCAUAUUUUAUUGUAAAUACUGAAAAAACACAAAAGUCGACGAAAAAAUCGUGCACCAUUGAUCCAUAUCCUUACCGUUGUAAAAGAACGUUCGUUGUGUAAUAAAUAAUCUUGAACAUAGUAGUUGGCUCAAUUAACUAUAAACAAGUAACUCAA